UGCUUGGCAAAGAAGGGCGACGGCGACCAGUCCGGAUCCGCGCGGCGGCGGGCGGAGCGGAGGAGGGGGCGCGUGAGUCAGGCGGAAGCCGCGCGGGGCGGAGCCGAGUGGGGCCGGACCCUGGAGGCAGCGGACCUGGCCCGCCGCUUAGUUCACGCCUCGCCGCUCCUCGCUCGCAGCCCUGUGCUUCGCUCCUCUCCGAACAUGGCAAAAACAUCCAGCCCUACAGAGACUGAACGGUGCAUCGAGUCUCUGAUUGCUGUUUUCCAAAAGCAUGCUGGAAGGGACGGUGACAACUGCAAACUCUCCAAGGCCGAGUUCCUUAUCUUCAUGAAUACAGAGCUGGGUGCCUUCACAAAGAACCAGAAGGACCCUGGUGUCCUUGACCGCAUGAUGAAGAAGCUGGACCUCGACUGUGAUGGACAGCUAGAUUUCCAAGAAUUUCUUAAUCUUAUUGGCGGCCUGGCCCUAGCUUGCCAUGACUCCUUUAUUAAGAAGUGUGCCUCUUCCCACAAGUAAAUCGGAGGAGCCUUUGGGCCUGGCCUCCAGCCCCACUCCCUUUCCUUCAGCCUCCCAAUUAUCAUCCACCCCUCACAGCCCACACAUACCCUGAGCCCAGUGCACCCACCACCCCAUGCAGGCCACUCCUGCUGGUAGUAAUAAAACAAUACUGUUCUUUGAAGCACA